AUGUCUGCCACGGGAUCCGGCUUCCUUGGCCGCUCGAGCAGCAGCAAUGCCAACAUGCGAGGCCUCGUGCAAUUCAUUGCCGACUUGAGAAAUGCCCGAGCCCGUGAGCUCGAGGAGAAACGAAUCAACAAGGAGCUGGCCAACAUUCGCCAAAAGUUCAAGGAUGGCAACCUCAGUGGCUAUCACAAGAAGAAAUACGUCUGCAAGCUCCUCUACAUCUACAUCCUCGGAUGGGACGUCGACUUUGGCCACCUCGAGGCCGUCAACCUCAUCUCAGCCAAUAAGUACUCGGAGAAACAGAUUGGUUAUCUGGCCAUGACUCUCUUCCUCCACGAAAAGCACGAGCUCCUCCACCUUGUCGUCAACAGCAUCCGCAAGGACUUGCUGGAAAACAACGAGCUCUUCAACUGUCUAGCCCUCCAUGCCAUUGCUAACGUGGGGGGCCGCGAAAUGGGAGAGGCCUUGAGUGCCGAGGUGCACAGACUGCUGAUUUCACCAACCUCCAAGUCCUUCGUCAAGAAAAAGGCGGCCCUCACGCUGCUUCGUCUCUAUCGAAAGCAUCCGGGUAUUGUACAGCCACAGUGGGCUGAGCGCCUCAUCCACUUGAUGGAUGACGCCGACUUGGGCGUCGCCCUCUCUGUGACAUCCCUGGUCAUGACCCUGGCGCAAGACGACCUGGACCAAUACCGCGGGGCCUACAACAAGGCGGCAGCGCGGCUGAAGCGCAUCAUCGUAGAUGGAGAGUACACUACCGACUACCUAUACUACAAAGUCCCUUGCCCUUGGCUCCAGGUCAAGCUCCUGAGGCUGCUGCAAUACUUUGCUCCAUCUGACGAUACUCAUGUGCGCGAGAUGAUCCGAGAGUCGCUGGACAAGAUUCUCAAUCUCGCCAUGGAAACCAACAAGAAUGUCCAGCAGAACAAUGCCCAAAACGCCAUCCUCUUCGAAGCCAUCAACUUGAUAAUUCACCUGGAUACCGAGCAUGCCCUCAUGAAGCAAAUCUCGACUCGACUUGGCCGCUUCAUCCAGAGCCGGGAGACCAAUGUACGAUACCUGGGGCUUGAGGCCAUGACCCAUCUGGCCGCGCGGUCGGAAACCCUUGGCCCCAUCAAACAGCACCAAGACAUCAUCCUCGGUUCCCUCAAGGACCGAGACAUUAGUGUGCGCCGAAAGGGCCUAGACCUUCUGUACAGCAUGUGCGACUCCACGAACGCGCGAGUCAUCGUGGGCGAGCUGCUGCAGUACCUACAGAAUGCAGACUUUGCCAUUCGGGAAGAAAUGGUUCUCAAAAUUGCCAUUUUGACGGAAAAGUACGCCACUGACGUGCAGUGGUACGUCGACAUAUCUCUCCGCCUCAUUGCCAUGGCCGGGGACCAUGUCAGCGACGAGGUGUGGCAGCGUGUCAUCCAGAUUGUAACAAACAAUGAGGAGCUUCAAGUCUAUGCGGCACAGAACAUUCUUCAGCACGUCAAGUCGGACCACUGUCACGAAACCCUGGUCAAGAUUGGCGCAUACAUCCUCGGCGAGUUCGGCCACCUCGUCGCCGAGCAGCCUCGCUGUAGCCCCAUCGAGCAGCUCAUGGCUCUCCAGGGGAAACUCGCGGCCUGCUCAUCCAGCACCAGGGCCAUGAUACUGUCGUGCUUCAUCAAGUUUGUCAACUUGUUUCCCGAAAUCAAGCCUCAGCUGCUUCACACUUUUGAAGUUUACAGCCACACCUUGGACUCGGAGAUGCAGCAGAGGGCAUGUGAAUAUCUGACGCUGGCGAGAAUGCCUACGGAUGACCUCUUGAGAACCAAGCAUGCCAACACCAGCGACCGGAGAACGUGGGUCGUCGGGGCCGCUCCCAUCAAUGGCGGCAAAGCCAACGGCGCGAAUGGAAAUGCCAAUGGAGCUUCAGACCUCGCCGGACUGGAUCUCAACGCCCCUUCCCCGACGGAGCCGAAGAUGCUCAAGGCACCAAAUCUAGCCAGUGCCGCGCAUCUAUCCCCUGGAUGGGAAGAGGGCUUCGAGAGGCUCAUGAUGAAGCCAGAAGGCGUGCUCUACGAGGACGGCCAAGUUCAGGUCGGAGUACGAUCCGAAUACCGUGGACAGAUGGCCUGCUUAAUCACUUACUUUACCAACAAGACUCCCGGACCAAUGAGCUCUUUCACGACAGUCUUGGACCUGGACGAAAGCGAAAAGGGCAAGGUCACUUGGGAUGUGAAAAAUCUCCCCGAAAGCACAAUUGCCCGUGGAAGCCAGUCUCAGCAGGUGACCAUGUUUGAGGCGAAGAGGGUUUUUGCGAAAAGCCCCACGAUUCGAGUGAGCUAUCUAGCUGGGGCUCUGCAGGCCGUUACCCUCAAGUUGCCAGUAGCAGCGCACAAGUUUAUGGAUCCUGCAGAGCUCUCGGCGGAAGAUUUCUUCAGGAGAUGGAAGCAGAUAGGAGCUGGCCCUCGCGAAGCCCAGGAAAUCUUUGGCUUGUCUGCUGGAAAAUCGCAGGGAAAGGAACUGACGGAACACUUUGUCGCCUCGACAAUCAAAGGAUUCAGAUGGGGGCUCCUGGACAUGGUCGACCCCAACCCGAAAAACCUGGUGGGAGCCAGUGUCCUACAUACCUCUGAAGGCGGCAAGAUUGGCUGUCUUCUGAGGUUGGAGCCAAACUACGUCAGUCAGAUGAUUCGAAUGACCAUCCGAGCAACCGACGAAUCGGUACCGUCUAUCCUAUCGGCGCUCAUGCAGCAGAGGCUUUCAUCUGGAAAGCUGCCAGCGCCUGAACAGCGUCACUUGCCAACUCGGGAAGAAAUCUCGAACACGUUUCGCAACGUCAUGGUGUCUUGA